UCAACUACAAAACGUUGCCGAUGCCCCACAAGACCCAAAGAGAAAGGAUAAAGCUGGAAAUAUAGUCCACGAAACACAAAACAUGAAAGCGACCUCGUUUGCUCCUUCUCUGCCUUCCUGUUUCACUACCACCAUCUCGUUCCCUCCGUUCGUUUUCCCGGAAAAACUGGGCGCAAGAUGUACCUCGGUGUCGGUUUCGGCCAGGAAUCGGUCGAGUCGGAUAGAUGGCUUCAAUCCACCGAGUUCAAACACCGCUAGUCCCAAGGCAACCUUCAGAAGUGGCUUGGAAGGAGAUGGGAUUCCGGCUUCGGUGCCGGUGCGGGUAGCGCACGAGCUUCUUCAAGCCGGACACCACUAUUUAGAUGUCAGGACUCCUGAAGAAUUCAGCGCCGGUCAUGCAUCUGGAGCCAUUAACAUCCCUUACAUGUACAGAGUCGGAUCAGGGAUGACAAAGAACGCGAGCUUUAGCAAGCAAGUCUCGACGCAUUUUAGAAAGGAUGCCGAAAUUAUCAUUGGAUGCCAGAGUGGGAAGCGAUCAAUGAUGGCCGCGAAAGAUCUACUUGCUGCAGGUUUUAGCACCGUUACAGACAUAGCCGGUGGCUACACCGCUUGGACAAAAAAUGGACUCCCCACAAACCCGUGAAUGCGCCCGCACUCUUCUCAGGGACGAGGCGAGAGCACGAUUGGAUUUCGCCGGCCAAGAAGCAGAGUAGGCUCUGCGUCAGCUUAUAUCUCCUCGACAGCAGAAGACAUGACGCAUGUCUUCUAUGCGCUAGAGAUAUCGGUGAUUCCGACAUCGAAGCACACUCAUAACCAUGUGCAAUGAAUAAUGUAAACUUCAGUUCACAUUAUAUAGGAAAUAACUCUUGGAUCACAAGAGACUCGUAUAAAUGGUUGUUGUGCUAGUCUUCAACAGAGAGCCCUUUACAGUGUUAA